CAAUAGGCCACGUCCCCCCACUCCCCAGCUGCAAUAACAAUAAGACAUCAUCAUUCUUUGUGUCUUGUCCACUAACUGUCCAAAACCACCACUCAACAGCAUACUUUCCUUUAGAUACCUUACACUUCUCAUCUCAUCUCUCUUCUUUAAUUAAUCUUAAUUAAUUAAUACAAAUUCUCUCUUAAAACCACCAAACCCAAAUGAAAUCCUUCCAACACUAACAUAAGCCAUAACAAUGGCCACCUUCUCCUCAUCUUUCGCUACUCUCCUUUCAAGUUCAAUCCCCUACCCACUCACCCGCCACGCCUGCAACUUUCCCACCAUCCAAAGAAUUGUCAAAUUCCCCAAUUCAACUUCAACCUUUCUUCCUCUGAAACUUAAUCCUCUACACCUCACUCAAUUUUCUUUUCUUACUUCUUCCGCUGGAUUCCGCCUCGCCGGCAGCUCCGUUGGAAACGCCGAACCUGAUGGUGAAGAUCCACCGCUUGUCGGUGAGGACUCUGCCGUCUUCGAAUUGGCCAAGCAGAAAUUAUCUUCGUGGGUUUACUUCGCUGGGAUUCUGGGAACAGUUUUAUUCGUGCUCGACGUUGCCUGGCUCGAUAACUCUACUGGUUAUGGAAAAGCCUUCAUUGAUGCCGUUUCCGGACUCUCCGAUAGCCACGAGGUAGUAAUGCUGCUUCUCAUUGUAAUUUUUGCAACUGUGCACAGUGGCUUGGCUAGUUUAAGAGACAUGGGUGAGAAAAUCAUUGGAGAACGGGCUUUCCGUGUUUUGUUUGCUGGAACUUCCUUACCAUUGGCUGUCAGUACUGUUGUGUACUUUAUUAACCACAGAUAUGAUGGGCAACAACUAUGGCAGCUUCAGGAUGUUCCUGGACUCCAUCAGUUUCUAUGGCUUUCUUCUUUUGUUUCCUUCUUCUUCCUCUACCCUUCCACUUUUAAUCUACUAGAGGUAGCAGCAGUUGACAAGCCCAAAAUGCAUCUUUGGGAAACUGGGGUAAUGAGAAUUACAAGGCAUCCUCAGAUGGUUGGACAGGUUAUUUGGUGCAUUGCUCACACGAUCUGGAUAGGGAACUCUGUGGCAGUGGCAGCCUCAGUUGGCUUAAUUGGACACCAUCUUUUUGGUGUUUGGAAUGGUGACAGAAGAUUAGCCAUAAGAUAUGGGGACAAUUUUGAGGCUGUGAAGAGAAGAACUUCUGUCGUACCCUUUGCAGCAAUUCUUGACGGGCGACAAAAGUUGCCGAAAGAUUAUUAUAAGGAAUUCCUUCGGUUACCUUAUGUAGCCAUCACUGCAGUAACUAUAGGUGCAUAUCUUGCACACCCUCUGAUGCAGGCAGGCAGUUUUGGACUUCAUUGGUAGGGCGACAGAUUUUUAUUUUGAUUGGAACUAAAAGAUGAACAAGAGAUGAAUUACAACAAAAUUAAGCAUAUACUUCGGAUAAGUUACUAUUGAUCCCAUAGUUAUAUUGCCUUCUUUACUUAGUUCGAGUCUCUAUUUUACCUCAAUAAAUAGUUUUUACUUUA